AUGGCGGCUAUUGACAGUUUUGAGUUCCUGCUGAAAGAAAUACUGCAGGUUUUCUCCACUGGUCGUGAUGCAUUUGCUAUUUUAGGAGCAGUGUACACAGCCAGCAAAGCAAUCAGUAUUUCCAGAUGUAUACUGACAGCACUGAACGACCAUUUCUUAUCCAGACUUCGAAGACAAUCUGACCUAAAAACAAAAUUUGGACGUUGGGCAGUUGUAACAGGCAGCAGUGAAGGAAUUGGAAAAGCAUACGCCCAAGAGCUUGCCAGCCAUGGCGUGAACAUCAUUCUUAUCAGCAGGGGAGAACGAAGACUUUUCAAGACAGCAAAAGAAAUAGAGGAACAAUUUCAUGUUGAGACAUGUUGCAUUGCUGCCGAUUUCAGCAAAGGCAUGGAGAUUUAUGCCAAAGUUAUGAAGGCUAUUGGAGACAAGGAAGUUGGUAUCUUAGUGAACAAUGUUGGAGUGAUGUAUGACUACCCCCAGCUGUUUCUUGAUGUACCUGCCGAGAGGUUAUGGCAGCUGAUUCACAUCAAUGUUGCUGCUGCCACUAUGAUGACACAUGGCCUUUUACCUCAGAUGGUGCAGAGGAAACGAGGAGCGGUAGUCAUGGUUUCGUCAGGAGCCUGUUCUCAGAUCACACCCCAGAUGACAAUAUACGCAGCCACAAAGAGUUUCCUCGACUACUUCGCGCGAUCGCUGCACUAUGAGUACAAGAGUAAGGGCGUGCUCGUCCAGUCUCUGAUGCCGUUCUACGUGGCCACACGGAUGACGCAGUACAGUGAGACUCUGUCCUGUACCAACUUCUUCAUCCCCACCGCCAGUGGCUACGCCAGGAGUGCCGUGUCAACACUAGGAGUUUCCAGCCGCACCAGUGGUUUCUUCCCUCAUACUAUCAUGUCAUGGAUAGCUAACCUGGUGCCCGAGGGAAUGUGGAUGUGGGGUUCUUCUCGCCUCAACGAGGCACUGCGUGCACAGGCUCUACACCGGCUCAAACAACAGUCAGCAGGUCGACUCGCCCAGAGUGCCAGUGAUCAGGCGCUCGAUAUCAUAGACAGUGGGACCUCCACGCCAAGUUGAUGCUAGUCGUGUUAAAUAUUUCAUUGAAUUUAAUCGCAUGCUAAUAACAUUCUAUACAUUUGUGUUGAAUAGCUCAUGAACAUGACUAGAAGUAUUAUUGAUGCUAGUCGUGUUAAAUAUUUCAUUGAAUUUAAUCGCAUGCUAAUAACAUUCUAUACAUUUGUGUUGAAUAGCUCAUGAACAUGACUAGAAGUAUUAUUGAUGCUAGUCGUGUUAAAUAUUUCAUUGAAUUUAAUCGCAUGCUAAUAACAUUCUAUACAUUUGUGUUGAAUAGCUCAUGAACAUGACUAGAAGUAUUAUUAAUGACAGUGAUGGAAGUGGGUUUCCAGAUGCACGGUUCUGCCUAUAGUCCAUCCCAUCCUCCUACAAAAAUGUUUUUUGUAAAUAAUUUCAGUUUGGUUUAACAGAAGAAAAACUAGUGUUUCGGAAAUAUUUAGCAAACAAUUGGCAUAAAUAACUUGUAGUAAAUUCCGUAGUAUGAAAAAAGGCAUUCCUUGUGGGAUGGACUAUAGACAUUUAUCUAUGGUGGAAAUAAAAUACUUAAGUGUGAUAUUAUAAGUUAUAGAAGCAUCACGAGGGGUAUAUGGCUUUUUAUGUACCCUCUGUGUGUUCUUUUAAAAGAGCACACAGAGGGUACAUAAAAAGCCAUAUACCCCGAGAGACAAAUUUAUCUUGCC